AUGGCUCCUACACGACGAACAUCCGCACGUCAGCAACUGAAGACCCCUAAUACCGUUAACGUUACACAUGCAGAACAGGCGACUGCGGAUGAGCACAUAAUAACUCCGGUUACAGAUGAUCAUAUAGCGUCUACUUCAACUUCUGCUUUGCACUCUUCUGUGUGCCGUGGCGAUGACCAACCCGGCAGCUCUGCAAAGGCUGCAAAAACACACAGGCGAGGCAACUUUAGCAGGCGUUCUAAAAAAGCCUCACCGGCUAAGGGGAAACGGGAGCAGGAUUCCAUUGAGUGCGCCUCCUUGGGGGAGAAGCGGCUGGCGUCUACUUCAACCUCUGCUUUGCACUCUUCUGAGUGCCGUGGCGAUGACCGACACGGCAGCUUUGUUAAGCGUGCCGAAAUACCAUGGCGAGGCAACCUUAGCAGGCGUUCUAAAAAGAGCCUCUGCGGCAAAGAGAAAGCGGGAGGAGGAAACCGAGGUAGAGGCCUCUUUGAGGCUUUCCAGUCAAUCUCAACGGAGGCAAGCCCGCAUCGAAAAGCUACUCGCAAUGAAGCCGAGGAUGCUGCAACUUCCAUUCGACGGUCCCUGGAGACCACGGCUGAGAAAACCGCACGUAACGCAGCGAAAGCUGCGGCAACGUCCAUUCGACGGUCCCAGGAAUCCAUGGCUGAGAAAACCGCACGCCAUGCAGCUGACGCCGCUGCAGCUUCUGCUGCAAGGGCGUCGGAAAGUUCCGCGCAAAAGCGCACAAGGCGGCAACGCGAUGCAAUUUCAACUUCCGCUGCUAGAGCUGUAGAAGGACCUACUGAAAGGCUUGAAAGGUUGCAGACUGUUAACCAGCGCCGCCAUGCACAGCGAGGGCUCUGUAGCCCACCAAAGCAGUUUUGGUUUAAGCUGGCGUUCAACUAUGAGCCAGUUUUGAGGCUUUCCGGUCGCAAAGACCUCCAAAUAGGAUCCAUGUCAGUUGUCUGUGGGCAUUGCAAUGCCAAAAAAUGGCCUGGAGAGUCUGCAGGUUUGUGUUGUUCAGACGGUAAGGUACAGUUGCGACCUUUUCGAGAGCUACCUGCUCCGUUGAAAGCUCUGUUGGAGGGUUCCAGUCCAGACUCCAAACAUUUCCUCGCAAAAAUCAGACAGUACAAUUGUGCCUUCCAGAUGACCUCUUUUGGUGGUAAUGCCUUCCGCGAAGUCGGUUGGAAUCCCACCUUCAAGGUUCAAGGUCAGGUUUACCACCGGAUUGGGUCUCUUUUGCCGGAAACUGCCACUGAUUCGGCCUUUCUACAAAUAUACUUCAUAGCUGACUCCAAUCAACAGGCAGAUGCCCGCAUGGGCAUUAUUCCCGAGAACGAUACAGGCCAGGACAAUCAUCCUCGCAGGAAUAUAAUAAAUAGUCUCCAACAAAUGCUCCACGAGACAAACAGCUAUGUCCGCAGUUUUAAGUAUGCUCUCGAAAAUAACCCUUCUUCUGAUUUCAUUAUUGUAAUUGAUGCUGACAAACGGCCUCAGGGAGAGCACGAACGUCGUUACAAUGCUCCCGCCUUUUAA